AUGGGUGCAGGCACACAUCAGUCAGAACAGACUCAUGUGCAUCCAGUUGAUGUUCAGAUGGCAGUAUUUCACUGCUCAGACAGCUUCCUUAAACAGAUGAUGAUUACAAAGCUCUCUCAGUGUCAGUAUGCCUUACCUUUGCUUGUUCCUGACCCAGUCACAAUGGAGAUCGAGUGUCCUCUGUGGACUUUCAGACAAAUAACAAAAACCUGGAAGGUAACUGAAAUCAAAGAUGGCUCAAACAUCGUCACUAUGAAGAGUGUUCCAGUCUGCAAAGCUCAGACACCCUUGGUGUCAUUUUUCCGCCUGGGUUCUCUGUCAGUGUCUAAAUCUCAGCUGAUGAACACUUUGAUCAACGACCGUCACAGCACCUUCUUCCACAGGAACUGUUCAGGAAGCACCAAGUCUCGAUAUCUGAUGGAUGGUGUGGCAGAGAUUGCCUGGUACUGUCCUGCUGGGAAACCCAAUGAUGCCUUCAAUGACUGCAUUGCUUUUUGUAAUCUUCAUGGUGAUGCUCUGUUGACUGAAAAACAGCGUGACAUACUGAUUGAAAAAUCUUCCAUUAAUAUUGUUCUUUUUGCUUCUCUGCAAAAGCAUGAAGAAAGCCAAUCACUGAUAUCAGGUCUUUUUAAAUCUCGCAAACCUCUCAUUUGUCUCUGUGUUGAUGACUGUGAUGUUGUAAAGACAACAACUGGACAAUACAUCAUAGGUCUCAAGGACAGAAGCCAGUCAGAGGUAUCUGAAAAACUGAAACAAAUCAUUAGAGAAUUUUUAUCUGUAGAUGGUUCCAGCUUGAAACCAUCCUUCCAGCUUGAAAUGAUGGCUGAGCUCUCUGAAAUCAGAGUGGAUGAAAGUGACCCAGCCUGUCAAAAAGGGAAAUCUGCUGCUAUGAAAAUAAUGGAUUUGAUUAAAAAGAAUAACAUGGAUGUCUCAAAGCUCAAAGAUGAAUUCCUUCCUUAUCGAGGUGAUCUGUGGCAUCAGUGGUGCAAAAUACACAAAGAACUGUAUCAUCUCAGAGGAGACAUCGAAAAUGAGAAAAGUAAAAAGCAACAACAACUGAUGAACAUACGUGAGAAACAAUGUGAUGCUUCCUGCAGUAAACUGAUGGAGUUGUUCACUGAAACUCUCUCAUCAUUGCCACUGACAGACAAACAGUAUUUUCUGAAAUGGAUUCAGAUAUUAAUAGAUGAUCUCUCCACAGAUGAGCUUUCCUCAAACAAAUGCAAUAAAUCAGAUGUGUUAUCAAUAAAACAAACUGAGCUUGAAGAAAUUUCCAGAAAACUGCAGUCUGCAACAUUUGGUUUGGAGCACAUCUUCAGAGAAAUGGGACAGAUCUAUGAAGCUCAUAGAGCAAUAGAAGGAGAGAACAGACACACUGACUGGUCUAAAUACCCUGAGCUGGCUGCACAGCUGAUGAUAUCAGGACACCCGAUGGAGCUGAUGGAUGGUGAUGCAGGUCACGUGCCUUUAACGUGGAUCUCCAGUCUUUUAGAGGAAGUCAUCAAGAAACUGGGGGACCAGAGAGUUUUUGUGUUGUCAGUUUUGGGCAUACAAAGCAGUGGAAAAUCAACAAUGCUGAACACCAUGUUUGGAUUGCAGUUUGCAGUGAGUGCAGGCAGGUGCACCAAAGGUGCCUUCAUGCAGCUGCUCAAAGUAUCAGAGGAGAUGAAGAAAGACUUGAAGUUUGACUAUCUUCUAGUGGUGGACACUGAAGGACUGCGCGCUCUUGAGCUGGAAGGUAACACCACUCGUCACCAUGACAACGAACUGGCAACAUUUGUUGUUGGUCUGGGAAACCUGACACUGAUCAACAUCUUUGGAGAGAAUCCAUCUGAGAUGCAGGACAUCCUGCAGAUUGUUGUUCAGGCUUUCAUGAGGAUGAAGAAAGUUAAACUUUCUCCCAGUUGUGUGUUUGUUCACCAGAAUGUUACAGAUGUUGCAGCAGUAGAGAAAAACAUGGAUGGAAAGAGACGCCUGCAGGAAAAACUGGACCAGAUGGCCAAACUAGCAGCUGAAGAGGAGUUUUGCAGUGCAGAGUGCUUCAGUGAUGUCAUUGAGUUUGAUGUCCAAAAAGAUGUGAAAUACUGUGCCCAGCUGUGGGAGGGCAGUCCACCCAUGGCUCCUCCUAAUCCAGGAUACAGCGAGAGCAUCCAAGAAGUGAAGAACACCAUCCUCUCUAAAGCUUCAAAGUCUGCUGGGAUCACUCUCUCACAGUUCAAAUACAAAAUUCAGGACCUGUGGAGUGCCCUCCUCACUGAAAACUUUGUUUUCAGUUUUAAAAACACACUUGAAAUUGCAGCGUACAGAAAACUGGAGGCCGAAUAUGGAAACUGGACCUGGGACCUGAGGAGCAACAUGUUGACCAUUGAAAACCAACUUCAUAACAGAAUUGAAAAUGGAAAUCUUGACAAGGUGGAGCUGAGUUAUCUUAAAAAAGAAUCAAACAAAACAUAUGAAACUAUAGCAAAAGAAAUGACAACAUACUUUGAAGAUAAAAGAGAGAAAGAAAUGUUGGCUCAGUGGAGAGGCCGAUUUGAAACCAAAAUCAAAGAGUUUCAUGAUGAUCAGGUGAGCACAGUGAAAAGAAAACUGGAUGAAGUUAUUCAGCAGAAGAAGGCUCGUGAAAAGCUGGAUGAUAAGAAGAAAGAGUUUGAGGACAAGCUGCUACAGAAGAGCAAAGAGCUCGCUCAGCAGCUGAAGGAUAAGGCCAAAGAUGAAGAAGAGCUUCAAAAACAGUUCAGCUCUGUUUGGAGUGACCGGGUCACUGAAUUAACAGCAGAUAUAAAACCUGUUGAAGAUAUCGACCUGGAAGAGGAUAUGUUUGCUAUCCUUCAGGAACUUGGUUUUGAGUGGCCUCUGAUAAAUGAAUGCAAAGAAAAUGGCAGAUACAAGAAUAUAUCACUUCUUGGAGAUUAUACGGAUUAUGUCAUCCUUCCAAAGAAAGGAAAUCUCUCUGACACAAGUGAACCAACUCAAGAUAUUGAGGAGGAUGACAAUGCUUCAAGUUUUUGGCAAUAUAUUAAAAAAACCUUUGGAUAUAAUUCAAAAACAAAACAAAGAAAACAUAAAUCACACAGUGCUUUAUCUUAUGAUGAACGGCAAGAGAUCAGACUGCUUAUUGACAAAGCUGACAAACAGUCACUUGAUGCAAUUAAAGACAAACCUGUGGCUACAAGAGGCUACACACAAACUCACUUGCAUGAAGUGGCCAAAAAUGUAAAAGAGGAAGUGAAGAAUUUUUCAAGGACAUAUACUUUGAAGAAGGAGUUCACAGUCGAUCUCAUACUGUAUGUGUUUGACAGAGCAGAGAGUUGGCUUCUAGACUCCCAGAAGAAAUUUAAAAUGAGCGCAGAUGCACUCACUUAUUUAGAAAGCAAGAAAACACAGUUUUACACAAUCUUUAGAAGCUUUUGCAAAGGAAGCUCAUCUGCUGUUGUGCUCGCAGAACUGAUCUGUGAAAAGCUGAAAGCUUCCACUGUUGAGGCUGUCUGUAACAAGACUGCCAUUGGUCUGGCUGGAGAGAUGAGGUGUAAUUUCCCAGCAUUCAGUGGGAACAGGCUGAACUUGGAGAAACAUGUGCUGAAGUCACUCGCUGAGAAUGAAAACUUUGAUGAUUUCAUCACCUACAUCAGAAAUCCAAGGAGACAAACAAAAGCUUUUAUAAAAGCACAAGUAAAGAAAUACAUCUUCACAGAUCACAAAGACGAAACUGUGAAUGUACUCAAGAAAAAUGUUGAUGAUGUCAACUCACUUGUGAGUCAAGCUUUAUCUACAGCAACACAGAAAGUCCAAACUCAGACAGGAGACACAAACAUGUGGCUGAAGGAAUUUUCUAGUUUGCUAAAAGAUGAGUUAACUCUUGAUAUCAUUUCUUCCCAAAAUUUCAGUGAUAUAAGUGAUUUUGAGUUUCUGAAGGAAGAGAUAAAGGAAAUAUUUGCAUCCAUCAUUGAUCAGAUGAGCAGCUUCUCACUGGACAAACUGAAGGAAUCCAGGCUGAAGCCUGAUGAAAUCCUCAUUGAUCAGCUGUGUAAGUGUUGCUGGGUAAAAUGUCCCUUCUGUGCAGCUGUUUGUACUAACACCAUUGAAGGUCACAGUCCUGAUGACCACAACGCCCCUUUUCAUCGACCUAAAGGAAUCAAAGGAUGCCACACAAGAGGAACAGUGGAAUUCAGCAUCAAUUUCUGCACAACAAACAUUGCAAGUGAUGGCAAAUUUUAUCCUCAUCAUGAUUCAGAGGAAACUGUUCCCUAUAAACUGUACAGAAAUGCUGGUCCAAAGUUUGCUAACUGGAGAAUCACCCCUGAUGAGUCUAAGCUGGCAUACUGGAAAUGGUUUGUGUGUCGAUUUCAAAAGAAACUGGAAGAGUACUAUAAGUACAAAUUCCAGGGCAGAGGAAAGAUUCCCACUGAGUGGAAAACAAUCUCUAAAUACGAAGCCAUUAAAAGUCUGGAUGAAAUGUCCAGGCACCAUCACCCCCAGAGGGGCAACCCACCCUCAGACCUAGGAGAUGUUUCCCUUUACUCUGGGGUGGAGACAAGCAAACCGCCCCCAGUCCUGCAGCAGCAGGGAGGCCCAACAGCCCAGACCCUGACAGAUGGCCAGUUCCUCCUCCCAAGCCCUCCACCCCAGAUGGUGAACAGUGUGAAGACCCUAUACCUCACUGCGGGUGGCCAGGAGGGGACAGAGGAGGAAUGCCUCCCCUGUACCUCAGUGACACACCUGUACCGCAAGGCCCUGCAUGUGUGGUGGUGUGAUGGAGCGGGAGGAGGGAGGCAACUGGGGGUGGGGGGGCAAAGCACCCCCUCCCUGGAGCCAUCUCCCCCGCUGACACCCCAGAAGGCACCCUGUUCCCUGGACUCCACCAAGGGCAGGGGGCCCAAGCCCAUGUAG